CAGAAUGCUAUCACAUAAGUUGGGCGGUCGGUUAUGUAAACGGUGUAAACUUAGUAACUAACUUGGCUAUAAUCGCAGCAACGCUAUGAAAACAAUAAGACGAGUGGACACAUUCAAAAAUUCAAAGCAGGGGGCAGGUGAAUGGAUUUCUGCGUUUUCCAGCACCGGCAGGUAGCGGAGGGCUAUUUGAAUGUUCCACCUUUACAACAGGUGUUUUGGAUACCUAUUUACUUUACUACUUUACUUAAUAAAGAUCCUUUGGAGGGUUGAACUUUUGAGAUCCACUGGAUCUAUGGCCUCCCAUCUAGGAGAAUUCUCUCAAACAAACAACACCUUUGAGUUCGAUCAAAUGUAAAAAAAUUAACAAAAAAAAAAAUACAAAGCUAAACACUGAUUAAAAAGAAAAUAAAGAAUAACUUUAGAGGAAUCAUGGAGUUGGUAGUUCGAAAUCGAAUGGAGGACAUACAAAAACGCAACAAUACGACCUUCGGCGGUGUUUCGUUUGACGUAGUCCACGUUCCUGAUGCCUCUGAAGUUGAGCCAUCACCCAUACCCGGGGAGAGCUUAGAGCAGUUUCCCAUAGAAUUCCCGCUGGCGGAUCACACGGACCCGUCACUGUGUCGUGAUGCGUUUAUGAAGGAUCUCCUGAAGGAGCACGAUAGAAAGAGUGCUUUCCUGCGUCUCUCCACCCGAAAAACGACGGGGAUCGAGGAGGUCGAGGAUAUGCAGACUAUGAUUGCUCGCCCCACGAUGGCCGCUUUGAAUCCUAUCGAGAUUCUGGCCAUGCAGCAGUUGGCAAGGAAAUUCCGGGGAAGUACCAAGCGCAAGACCGUAGAAGAGAUCAUCGAAAGGAUCCGGGAACGGCAGUCGGCGCUGUUGCAUCUCAGAUUGGACUGCCAAAUGGCGUCGAUCGACUAUCUUACGAAGAUCCUGACCAAGCAGCUGAGCCUCUUCUCGGAUCCUCUGCCAGGCAACGUCGAGGACAUACCCUUCAAUCUGUUUCGUUGGUCGUUGGAGUACUUCGAGGCACGCCUGAACGUCAAGCAGAUAUAUCUCGACGUAAUCCAACGGGAGCGGACAAAGGACGAACUUAACUGCAUAAAGUUCCGCACUGAUCUCAGUGAGAUUACCAGCUUCGCAAACGCGAUCCUGAAGCAAUUUCACGAAAAAGAAGAUCUCUGUGGUGGUGUUACAGCAACCCUCCGCAAUGCUUUUUUCUAUAAUCAGGCUCCUUGGGUUGCUAGUCUGAGAUUUCUAGAAAGCUCUAUAACGUCCAUGAGGUCAGUCAGUCACAUUAAUUAUGUUGGAAGCCAAAUGCGAAUGCAGAGUCUCCAAAGGGGAACAAUGGAGCAAUACGAUAAUAAUAGUGCACUUGACCCCAUCGAGGAGCGCUACCAAGUGAAUUGGAUCAGGAGCUGUGCUGACCAGCGAGUCCUGCGCAUGGACCACCAGGAGGAUGAGCUAUGUGAAGAACUAUCCAGCCUGCAGGAGACAUGUGACGUUGACAAUGCCGUGCACCUCCACUCCGAGGCGGUGUAUUUGUACGAGAUUCAGAGGCUGCAGCAGAUGAUCGGAGAUUGGCAGACGCGCUACGAUGUCGAUCUGGAGCAGGCAGAACUCAACUGCGUUAUUUCCAAGAACAAGCUGCAAAAGUGGAGGGGCGACCUUGCCUUCCUUAAGGAGCGGGAGGAGUUUUAUAAGACACGUAUUGAGGAGGAGCUUGUUAAGAUGGACGUGGAGAAGAGGACGUCUGAUAUUUCUUCUAAAAGGUCCUCAAAGUCAUCUCGCAAGAAGGACACCAAGAAGACCAAAAACUCAAAGGCAGCGCGAUAAGUUUGUAGAAUUGGUAGAAAUUCGUAAAUGUUUCCAAUGGAUAUAUGAAAUAAACAAAGAACUGAUAAUAAGCUGUCCUUCCUUUCUUUAAUAAUAUGUAAUAUUUAUAAUAAUUUAUAAUCAAUGUAAGUCUCACGCUUAAAUUCUCGUUUUGAAAAGUUCUUAUGUUUCAAACAGAGGUGAUUUAAGCUUCAAAAUUUAAACGAUCAACAAAUACGACAAA